AUGGAGGACGCCUUUGCAGGUUCAUGCGUGCAAAGCCUGUUCGAGCCCAAGGCGGACCUCUCCCUCUGUGUGAACAAGUCAAUCAAGCUGUUCGUGAAGGAACUCCCGACUGCGCCAGCGGAUGGGCCAGACGCGGAAAAUUCAACUGGAGAAAAGAACGAGCAAAAAGAAAGCCUGCUGAGCGAAAACCUCUCUCUCCUAAACGGAUACGCCUACUUCAACCGAAUAGGAAGCAACAUAAAUUUACUGCACACAGAACUGCAUGGCAUUAAGAAGGACUUCCUUUUUCAAAGCAAACAAACAAAAAAAAAUAUAAAAAAGCUCAAAGUCGUGCGGAAAGAAAAUAAAAUAUACCAGAAGCUACUGCAAGAAAUUAAAAAGGAUCGAAGGAGGAAAGAGACUUAUGAAUUGUUAUGUACAGAAAUUCAAACAUUAGAAGAAGUAAAUUACCUGAACAAAAAACAAGAGAUGGAGAAGAGAGACAUUGAGGACUUGCAGAAAAAAAUGAAGGACAUUGAAAAGACCAUUCAGAUAAAUGAUGAAAAUAUUCAACGGACAAUUAAACAGAUUAGCGACAUCGUCUCGACCAAUUUGCAGCCGUGA